AUGGGUAGCAUGUGGGGUGUAGCACGCUACCGGCUUCGUUACGUGCUCCAUUACAGGAACAACAUUGAAGAAUUAAGAGAGCAAACUAAGAGACUCGGAGCUAGCAGAAAUAGAUUACAACGAAAGGUUGACGACGCUGAAAGAAAUGGAGAAAUUAUCGAAACUAAUGUUAGAGUCUGGAUUGCAGAAGUUGAUAAAAUUAUUGCAGAAGCUAAAAAUGUUUUGGAAGAUGAAGACAAAGCAAAGAAGUGUCUUAAUAUCAGGUCACGUUACAAACUAAGUAAGGAGGCAAUAGAGAAGGCUUUCAGGUUGUUGCAACUCCGAGAGAAGGGAAAAAUCGAGAAUGUGUCUCAUCCUACUCUUCCUCUGCCUGAUUCUAAAAGUGAGGAGGGAUCAUCUUUGGAAUUUUCAGACACUUUGGAAUCAAGACGAUCAAUAAUGAAGGAAAUUGUGACGUCCUUGAAUGAUGAUAACGUCAGCAUAAUUGGAAUAUAUGGGAUGGGAGGCGUGGGUAAGACCACGAUGGUCAAAGAAAUCGGCAAACAAGCAAUAGAAAGUAAGUUAUAUGAUGUAGUAGUGAUGGCAGUUGUGACUAAAACCCCGAGUAUCUCGAAGAUUCAAGGAGAUAUUGCUCGCAUGUUAGGUUUGACAAAUUUCAAUAACAAUGACACGUCAUCUAGAGCACAUUCCCUGAGGAAGAGAAUCCAGGAAGAGAAACAAAUCCUUGUUAUUCUAGAUAAUGUUUGCGAACGAAUUGGAUUGUAUAAGAUUGGUAUUCCUUUUGGGAGUUAUCAUAGAGGUUGUAAAAUUAUACUCACCUCAAGAACCAAAAAUGUUUCUGAUGAAAUGAAGUGUCAAAAGACAUUUCACGUUGAAAGUUUACCAAAUCAAGAAUCCUGGGCCUUGUUCAAGAGCAAUGUUGGCGUGGAUGUUGAACAUUCUGAUAUAAACAUUAUUGCUAAAGAGAUAGUUGCUGAAUGCAACGGCUGGCCAAUUGCGAUUGUGACUUUAGCAAAAGCAUUGAAGAACAAGAAAAAGCAUGAGUGGAGCAAUGCAGCACAACAACUUAAAAUUUCUUCCACAACUAAAAUUGAAGGAAUUAAUGAAAACAUAAUUACAGCUCUGGAGCUAAGCUACAACUAUCUAGAAAGUGAGGAAGUGAAAUUAGUGUUCUUAUUCUGCAGCUUAUUGCCAGAGGAUUUCCAAAUUCCAGUUGAAGAUUUAUCUAGCUAUGGGAUGGGUCUAAGGUGGUUCAAAGACAUUAAGACAAUAACAGAUGUCAAAGUCAGAACACGUGGUGUAGUAAGUAUCCUCACUUCAUCUUUUCAUUUAAUCAUUGAUGAUGAAUGUGGUAAAGAGAGUGUCAAAAUGCAUGAUGUAGUUCGUGAAGUUGCAUUAACAAUAGCACCUAAACUCAACCAGACAUUCAUGGUGAAAGAUGGCAAUAGACUAAGCGAAUGGCCUAGUAGAGCCACAUAUAAUGAUCUUACAAGUAUCUCAUUGAUGUCACAUGAUAUUCAAGAGGUACCUGAUGAGUUGGAAUGUCCAAAGUUGCAAGCCCUAUUAUUGCAACAAAACUCUAAAUUGGUAGUCCCUGUCAAUUUCUUUAAAGGAAUGGAAGAUCUUAAAGUUCUAGACUUGAGUGGAACCUCAAUCUUUUUGCUACCUAAGUCACUUUCUUUACUUGUAAAUCUUAGAACAUUAUAUUUUAAGUUUUGCAAGCUGGGUGAUUUAUCUGUAAUAGGAGAGCUAAGUAACCUAGAGAUUCUUAGCUUUUUUGGUUCUAACAUUGAAGUGAUUCCUACAUCCUUUAGCCAAUUAUGUAAUCUAAGGUUGUUAGAUUUGAGUGAGUGCACAGAGCUAACUCAGAUAUCACGUGGAGUCCUAGAUUGUCUUUGUAGGUUGGAGGAGUUGUACAUGAUACAAAGUUUUAGAGGCAAGAAUUUUCAAGGUUCCGAAGGAGUUUUUUCGAAAUUUAAUGAGUUAAAGGGAUUGUCUCGUUUAACUAGCUUGAAGAUUUGUGUCCCAGAUCCCAAUAUCUUGCCUAAGGAUGUCAUGUUGUUCCAAAACUUAUCCAACUUUACCUUAGAAAUUGGUCUUCAAAAUGAAUACUGGGACACCAAUAGAUACUCAAGAAAUAUGAUGCUCUCGCAGAUAAUGAUUGAGAAGACAUUUGAUUGGGUUAAGAAUUUGCUGAAAAGAAGUGAGAAUAUAUUUUUUAGUGAAAUCCCCUGUUUUGAGAAUGUGCUCUAUGACCUAGAAAAAGAAGAGCUGCUGAACUAUUUAUCAAUUCAAGUACGUGAUCCUUGGCGGUGGCGUCUCUGCUGGAUAUGCAGCAAGGAGUUUGUAAGCAAGGUGUUAGCGAGGAGAGCUGGCAAUUAUCCAAAAGAAGCAGUGCCUCCAUAUGAACGCUCCACACUUAGCAGAAUAUCUUCUACCUGA